AUGUCUACAGAAACCUACGAUAUCAUCAUUAUUGGCGGUGGUACUUCAGGUCUGGUUCUAGCCAAUCGUCUUUCCGAAAAUCCGAAUCUACAGAUCGUUGUUCUGGAAAGUGGUGAAGACCGCAGCGCAGAUCAAAAUACUCUUACUCCGGGUGCUUGGCCAUUGCUGUCGCAUUCUCCAGAAAAUUGGACAUUUCAAAUGGUUCCUCAGAAAGAAGUUCCUAGGGAUAUUAUAGUUCCGCAGGGAAAAGCUCUUGGAGGCUCAAGUGCGAUAAAUAGCUUCCUCUUCACCUCUACAUCCAAGGCGACAAUAGAGGAAUGGAAAAAUCUGGGUAACGAGGGAUGGGAUUAUGCCGCGUACGAGAAGGUUUUGAAGAAAUCAUAUACUCUGCAUAAGACCUCCGGUGUGACUGAAGGCAAUGGUCCACUCCAGAUUACCCUAGCUUCGCCCGAGACUCUUUGGCAGAAAGCUUGGAUUGAAGGUCUAGAAUCCUUGGGAUUCCCAAGAACUGAUCCCCUUUCUGGUCAUCUUGGCGGACCAAAUAUCGCUCCUGAGAGCAUCGAUCCUAAAACAAAACAGAGAAGCUAUGCUGGUAAUGCAUAUUUGGAUCCAAUUCGAAGUCGAUCAAACUUGACUAUUCAGACCAACACGAAUGUAACUAAAGUGUUAUUUGAAAAAUCUUCAUCGGCCAGUGAUGCUAUCGCUACAGGGGUAGAAUUCAUCUCUAAAGAUGGCUCGUCCCAAAUUGUCAAAGCUCGCAAAGAAGUCAUAAUCUGUGCCGGCGCCAUCAAUUCACCUCGAAUUCUUGAGCUGUCUGGGAUAGGCGACGCGGAUUUGCUUCAGCGCUUGGGAAUCGAUGUUGUAGUUGACAAUCCACACCGCGCGACGACGUUGAAAACGAUCGAUGCUUUUUUCCGGCAGGAGCCCGAUGCUAUUGCUGCUACUAUGCAGGAAUAUGCUACCAAUGGGACGGGCUAUUUGAGUACUAGUAAUAUCACAACUAUGGCUCAACUUCCAUUACCUGAGUUCCACACCGAAGCCGGACGCAAAGAACUCGAUCAAUUAUUAGCUGCGUCAAAAUCUAAUUCAGAUGCUUUUCAAUCUUCUCCAACUACACCCGCUUUCGCCGCCGCACACGAGAACUUCGUACGCUCCAUUAUCACAAAUCCCUCAGAAGCACUAGGAAACUACGUUUUCGGCUCAGGCUAUGCCCCCUUCGAUGCACCCAACCCAAGCUACCGUGCUCCCGGGAAACACAUCUCCAUCGCGAUCGAGCUCUCGCAUCCUCUCUCCCGGGGCAGCGUCCACAUCACCAGUUCCCUACCCGAACACACCGGCACCAAUACAGGGGUCGCCAUCAACUCCCGCUAUCUUACCCACCCCCUCGAUAUCGAGAUUCUUUCCCGCCAACUACGUUUCACAGAAGACAUCAUUAGUCGCGCGGAGCCUCUCACACGGUAUUUAAAACCCUUUUCUAAACGCUUUGCAGAUCUGGAAAUCGCAAAGGAAUAUGUAAGUCGGACGGUAGAUGGCGCGUAUCAUUAUACAGGGACUUGCGCGAUGAUGUCGAGGGAGAUGGGGGGAGUGGUGGAUAGUCGGUUGAGGGUUUAUGGGUGUAGAAAUUUGCGCGUGUGUGAUGCGAGUGUGAUUCCUGUGGAGCCGACGGCGAAUCCGCAGGCGGUGGUUUAUGCGGUUGCAGAGAUGGGGGCCGGGUUUGUGCGGGAGGAGGGGGUGUGA